AUGUCUAACACCGUUAUGCUCGACACGAUUGAGAUAGUCGUCUACAUUCUCCUGAUCCCUUUGAUCGUCAUUCUCGGCGUCCGCCAUGGCUUGACACACUCGCUUGGUUACAUUUUCCUCUGUGUAUUCGCGGUGCUUCGCAUCCUUGCUGAUAGUCUCGGAAUAGCAGACCGUAACUCUACCAAUCCAAACACCAUCAUUAUGACAUCGGCUAUGCACUCAGCUGGCCUUUCACCAUUGCUCCUUGUUCUGGCAGGCUUCGCGCAUGAGGCACACCACUACCUCGUCAAGGCGACAAGGUCGAACAAUGAGGCACAAGCCCUUUUGACUCGCCUGCGGGCAUUGCAGGGAGGAUUCCAUGCGCUGUCAACGGGUGGCAUGGGUCAUGUGGUUUACGGGGCGAUCAAAUCGGAAAACUCGCAAUCCUUAUGCUCCUAG